AUGCAGACAUUCGUGACAAUCCUGAGCCUCCUGCUCCUUUUCAGCACCACCGGGUUCGCCCAUCCAGCGCCUAACGCUCUCGCCAGUCCAGAUGACGUCCCCUUAGAACGCCGAGACAACGUCCGAUGCUACCACGGCGGCUACGCAACCACACGAGCAAAGCUGACUAAAGCCAUCGACGACUUCUGCGACAAAGUCCACAGCGACGGCGGCCUGCGAAAGAACAAAGCCGUCGAGAAGUCCUUCUCGCUCGGCAACUCCGCAGAAACGAUCAUUUCCGUCAAACCGAAGCAGUGCAGUGCCAUCGACAAGGACCUCCAGUGCAAGAUUACCUUGCGCCAAGCUGUGGACGAAUGUAACACUGAUAGUGCGAACUUUAAGCAAGGAGGGACUGUCGAUACGGGCUGUGCUAAGUGGAGGGUUGAUCCGAACUUGUAG